CACUAAAAGUAUAGUUUGCGAAAACCGUAAAAUAAGUGUUUCCCGAACGUAUCGUUCAAUUGAAUCAAAUCAUCAUCACAGGGAAUAUCGGUCCAUUAGGGAGUGCUGACAGGAUCUGGAAAGAACAGAAAGCUAACAGUAAAAUCUCUGAACAUAGAGACAUGCACGCCCCUUUAAAACUUCAAUUCCAUUGGUUUAGAUGAAGUAGUUUAGUGAAAUUUGCCAAAUAUUUAUGUCCGAAUCAUAACAUUUCUUCUGAAUGGUCAGUUAAGAAGACUUACGAUCAGACGUGUAACUCUAAUUUAAUUUCGAAUCCAGGAACUAUGGACAAGUCUGACGAACGGACGAUGUCUUCUUUCAAAGAAUUUUUACUGACUUUCUUCAUGCCAGAAAAAUGUUUUGAACAAUUUUUCCUUUAUUACAACUUUAUGCACGUACCCUGUCUGAGGAUUAUCCUGAGUAAGACUAUGGGAAUAUAUAUUUUGAUGGGAACUGUUUUUGCCCCGUUGCUUCAGAUUUGGAAAGUUCUUUGGUCUGGCAGUUCUGUUGGACUGUGUCUGAUUUCUGUUGUUUUAGAACUGUUGGCCAUCUCUGCCUAUACUGCUUUCUGCUACAAACAACAAUUUCCCAUUGGAGCCUGGGGGGAAGGUUUGUUUACACUGAUCCAGAUUGCUGUCCUCGCUUUUCUCAUUCAGCACUACAGAGGGAAAACCAUUAAAGGUUUAUAUUUCCUUGCUCUAUACUGUGGCUUUAUGUUCCUCCUGGCUUCACCUUUGACCCCUGUGUCAGUGGUUUGGACCAUGCAUGAAUGGAAUGUGCUGUUGGUUAUUGCUGGCAGAUUGAUCCAGGCAUGCAGUAACUACAGAUGCGGUCACACAGGGCAGAUCUCUGCUCUGUCUGUUGUUCUGGUGUUUCUCGGCUCUCUAGGCCGUAUAUUUAGUUUACUACAGGAGACGGGCCUUUCUUUCUCGACGCAGAUGCAUGCACUGGCCAGUUGUUGCAGUGGGAUGAUCCUAGCCCAGGUUUUGUUAUACUGGAAUAAAUGUCUGACAAGCAAAGAGCAAGAGGUGCAAGUGGAGAAAGAGAAGGCUGAAUAGAAGAGGUAAAAUAAACUCUGGCUAUAUGCAGAAUGUCUCAUAGUACCUCUGGUAGCACAGUAUAUUGGAACACUUAUUCUGAGUCAAGUGCAAAGCAAUGUAUAGCACUCGAGAACUCCUAAACCUUACACCCUGAAAUAAACAUUACAAUGGAUGAAUGUAAAAAUGGAUGUGUACAAAUGAGUCAUCAAAGGGAUCUUUUGCUAGAAAUGUUUUAAUUUUAACAAAUCUAACCUAACUUGCUGAGUUGGUAAGUAGCUAAGCAAUGGCACUGGUGCCCUCAUAUUUGAUGUUGUACAAAUCCUGUUGGGUGUAAAAUAGCAUCACUUGGCAUUUCUGUCUAUUUUAUUAAUUUAAAUGGUUCUUUGAUUGACAAAAACUCAAUCUUAUAAAAAUAACACAAUUGUUUAAAAAAUGUUUGACUAUUCCGGUGUCACAUGCAGUGCUUACUGUAGAAAUAAGUACUUAAUUGGCAGUUAAACAGAACAUUUAGUUUGAAUGGGAGCUAGGGGAUCAGGCUUGAGCCAAACAUCUUUCAUUUGGCAGUGCUGACUUGUUUAUUAUCCAGUUAGAACAUUAGUGAAAGCUCUCAAUAAUCUGAUCCUUUAUAUUUACGUUAGCAUUUAGUAGCAUUUUCUUCUUAUUUGUCAAACAUUUGGUUUUUUUCCUGUAACCUAAACUUUCUUUGAAAUAUGACUGUAUAUCAGUUAAUACGUUAUUGACUUCUGAUUUUGAAAUGCAUAGUCAUUCAUGCAUCAUAAAGUGAUGUCUGUUUCUGAUGGCAAAGAGAUCAAAUGAAAGACUCAUGGCUAAAUUAUAUUCAGAUAUUUGAUGGAUCUUAAUCAAACCAUGUUUCACACUUUGUGUUGUCGCCACUGGUCUCAGUGUUGAUAUCAAAUAAAUUUUGGGUUGAUUCAUAUGUAAAAAGUGUUAAUAAAACUAUUGUUUGCUUACUUUACACGUGCUACACUACAAAACAAUAAUCAGUGGAAAUAAAAUUUUUUAUUAAAAUAAUAAAUCUGAAAAGCCUUGAGCUCUCUUCUCUCCUCUUCUCAAGUGAAGUUCUCAUUAGGAUGCAUUUUGCAUUUGCAGAAAUACACCACUAGGUGGCAGAAGAGUAUUAAAAAAAAAUGUUUCCCCUGAAUAAAUUGCUGUUAUUCU